UUGAAAAUUGAAACCCAUAAAAACACGGCAUUAGCCGACUCUCAUCAGUCUUCUCUGCUAAGUAAACGCGAAGAAUUUUCUCGCAUUUUCCUGCACUUUCUCGCCAUCCUUCCCGGAAAAUAUCCGAUCAGAUGAUAAAUAAAGAGAGCGAGGAUGGAAAGGAGUAUUUUCGCAAACUUUCGAGAAAAGAACUUCAAAGUUUGUGUAAGCAAUGUAGUUUGCCUGCUAGAAAAUCAACUUCCGAAAUGGUCGAAUCGCUUGCGUUUUACUUUAUGAGGAAGGGUUUGAGUUUGGUAUCAUCUAGCACAACCAUAGGUGGGGUUCAAAAUGCUUUACUUUGUACGUCUUUGAUGCCACCAUUGCAGCCUAAGCCUGCAUUAAAUUCUAUACAAGAUGGUUUUGAACUCAGAUCUUGUCCCAGAGAGGAGAUUAACAAAGGGAAUAGAAAUUUCAAAUACAAUAAAUUGGAAAGUUUUAUUGGGCCUGGAGCUCAUAAUAAGGAAAUCUUUGGUGGCUUAAUUAAUGAUUUUCGAGAUGUAUCUCCGUCUCAGUUUUUUUCUCAAUAUGCUGGGAGUCAUGUCAACCAUAAUAAGCCCCAAUUAAGCCUUGGAGGCAGGGUAGAAGAUUCGCCCCCAUUUCAUGGUACAGAUGCAAAUACUAUAGUCAGUUCUGAAGAGAAUGCCCAGCCUUCUAUGAUAACUACUGCAAAUGUCCCAGCAUCUUUUGAAUUUCAUGUCAGUUCGGAAGAGGGAAUUAAACUUUGUGUUGAUCUGAAUUCAAGCCCAUCAGAGUGGAUUAAGAAAUAUAAAAAUCAAGUUUCUUUGUGCGACAAUGUGGUUAAUACCAAGUCUCGGAGACUUUAUCGAGAGCUUGGGUGUAUUGGAGAGAGUAAUAAGAAAAUGAAAAGUUCUGUUCUUGAGAAUACGGAUUCUGACCAAAUCAGAGAUGACUUUGUGCAAACUGAUCCUUCUCCAAGUUCAGUUGCAGGACAAAAUAUUAAUGUGAGUAAUGGUUAUCCAGUUGGAGGUAAUAAUUCCCUAAUCUCAUCACCCAUAAUACCAUGUGGUGUAGUUGUAGAUGUUAUGCAAUCCUUGGAGGUGGAUCCAGGACUUGCCUCAGCCGCACCCAGUUCCGAUGGGCUGAACCAGAAAACUUUGAACACUGAAUCCUGUAGUAAAAGGGAGAGCAUCGCUGCCCCUGAUUCAGAUAUCACUGACACUAUAUUAGAAAAGACAGCCUGCAAUUUUGCUGUAAACUCCAUCUCCAACGGUUCUGUAGAUUGUAUUGCAUUGAUGCAUCAGAGUUCAAAGCGUGAUGAUGAAGUUUGUGAGAAUUCAACCCAGCAGAACAGUUGUAAUCUUGAGAAUGCUAGUGUUGUAUUCCCUGGAUGCUUUAUGGAGAUGCAGCAGUUAUCAGAAACUGGAAAUUAUCCCAAAGAUGCAUCAUGUUUACCUCAUAAAAAUGGCAAAUUCUUGGAUCCAUGUAAUUCAAAGCACAAUGGAGGAUCUGGGCAGGAUGGAUUAGCCAACUCAAGUGAGAACAAUCAUUGCAAUAACCAGGUGCCUGCAUGCUCCGAAGAGCAGGAAUGGAGCAAUGCUAUCAGUGGCAGGGAGAGUUCAGUAUGCUCGCAGGUUGAUGACUCAUUUGGUAAGACUUCUUUGAAGUCUGAAAUUCUCAGAUCAAGUGAAGAACUCCUUAGAAAGAGGUCACAUGUAGACAGGGCGAGCCAAAAUGGCUGUGGCAAGCAUGACACAAUAAUUUUAAGAAGCACAAGGCGCUCCGCUGGAAAGGUCCUUCCUAGAAGAUCCAUGAGUGAGUUCGCAUUCUACAUGCUGCCUGCAUCGCAACAAUUGGAUUGAUAUUAUUAUUUGGCUGUUUCCAAAUUUAGGGUACAGUUUAUGUUGCAGAUUCAACAUUUUUUUGGAGAUCAGUUCGCACAGGAAAGAAAACUACAGUCUUCAAGGUGGUUAAAGCCUUGUAAUUUUUCUGCUGCCUCAAGAGCAGUCACAAAAGCAAUCUGAAUACUGAAGUACAAGGUAAAUAUCAAAUUGUUGUUUUUUUUUUUUUUUGUAAUAAUUAUCUGUACUGUAUUUUCUUUUUCCUUGUACGGAAUGCCAGAUUUGUAUAUCAUUCGGAUUUUGUAACCUCCGAUUCUUUUAUGAAUUCGUAAAACAAAAUUCCCUGGAGUUUUAUUGA